CAGGAGGAAGAAGAGACCAUGGAGGACACCCAACCCUAACUGAAACAAAGGUUGUCAUGGCGACAACGGGCACCGAGGAGGAUGGGAGUGAAGAGACCUCAGUCCACCAGCUGGGACCCCCCCAGAUAGAACCUCUGCUACCCUCCGACCCGACAAACACCCUGACUCACCUGGGGGCUCUGCUGUCCGGACUCGACGCACCGAGGGCCGACGAAUGGGACAGGAGGCUCGAUCCAGGUUUUCCAGCCUGUCAGCUUCUAGGAGCAACUAGAGAAGCAAAGCGAGAAGUUCAUGCAGAUCAGAGCGUCACCAUCCUGCACGCCAAGGUGGCUCAGAAGUCCUACGGCAACGAGAAAAGGUUCUUCUGCCCUCCUCCUUGUGUUUACAUCAGCGGUCACGGAUGGAGAGUCACGCAGGACCAUCACAAAGUUGGUGGUUAUGGGGAUUCUGCGCACAGACUCUGUGGCUACAUGUGUUUGGACAGCUCCAGUCAGUCGCAGGCAGACACGUUCAAACUGAUCUUUGAUGAACAGCCGAACUCCAAGAAGCUGUUUGCUUGUGCAAAGUCCCUUUUCAUCUCCGAUCAGGACAAAAGGAAACAUUUCUGCCUGCUGCUCAGACUGUUUGUGGGCAACAGACAGGAAGUGGGUUCCUUCCAGAGCAGAAUGAUCAAAGUGAUCUCCAAACCUUCCCAGAAGAGACAGUCCAUGAAGAACGCUGACUUGUGUAUAUCGUCCUGCUCCAGAGUGGCUUUGUUUAACCGUUUGCGCUCUCAGACGGUCAGCACUCGUUACCUCUCAGUGGACAGAGGAGCUUUCAUAGCCAGCGCCAGACAGUGGACAGCCUUCACCAUCACCUUGGUGGAUGACCACCCUGCCAACCAAGGGGGCUAUGUGCUGAGUGAAGCCUUCAUCUGCUAUGGUUCUGUGGUCCAAUUAAUUUGUACUGAGUCAGGAGUCGCUCUGCCACCCAUGGUGAUUCGGAAGGUCAACAAGCAGCACGCCAUCUUAGACGUGGACGAACCCGUUUCUCAGCUCCACAAGUGUGCCUUCCAGUUCAGGGACAGUCCCAACACGUAUCUGUGCCUUUCAAAUGACUCCAUCAUCCAGUACCAGGCCCCGUCCGGCACCAGGGACUCCAGCAAGGUGGUGCUGAAUGAUGGAUCCUGUUGGACCAUCAUUGGUGUGGAGGUGGUGGAUUUCACCUUCAAUCAGGGGGUUGCCUGCAUUCAGACUCCAGUCAACCCGUUCCCCGUCAUCACCGGGUUAGAGGUGAAUGGUGGAGGACACGUUGCCAUGUUGGAGGUCCAUGGAGAAAACUUCAGUCCUCACCUGAAGGUUUUAUUUGGCAACAGCGAGGCUGAAACAAUGUUCAAGUCUCCCAAAUCUCUGCUCUGCGUCGUUCCUGAUGUUUCUGUGUUCAGCGACGGGUGGCGCUGCCUGCAUCGCAUCAUCACCGUUCCUCUGUCCCUCGUCAGAACAGACGGCCUGAUUUAUCGAACGUCCUACAGCUUCACCUUCACUCCCGAGCUCCAACUGCCUCUGCCUGCUCGAAGGCCAGCAGGAGGCAGAGGAGGAGGAGCAGAUGGAGUCCAGGAGGAGGACAUCCUGUUAGAGACAAUUCACCAGGAGUUCACCAGAGCUAAUUUCCACCUCUUUAUGCAGAGUUAACCAGUCUUUACUGCAACAAAUGAUAAGUCCACGACGAGCGGAAACGUGUGCACUAAAAUUAAAUCCCUUUCACAUCUUACAAAAACAAGAAUAUCAAGUCAAGUCAACUUUAUUUAUAAAGCACAUAUAUGUAAGCAGCUGUUCACAUAUGGCUCAAGAGAGUCAAGGUU